CCCAUUUUUGAAUGGUGUAUCAGAAAUGCAGAAUCAAUAGCUCUGCUAAUUUCAUGGAAGCAAACAGCUGCCGCCACUAAUUUUAUGCCUUCAUUCGUUGGUGUUGUAUAAAAGUUUAUCUCCACUCGUUACCCCUUUUUCUUCAUCUUCUCACCCAUAUACGCAUCUUUUUUGCGUAUUGGUGUGAAGACUCCAAUACUCCCAAUUGAAUAGAAUUGAGCAAGUAAGUGGGCUGGCUUUGGAAAGUGCAGAGGAAGAAGAAGUUGUGCUUCUUCAACAAAAACAACAACAGUUUGUAAUGGAAAACGACCGCUAUGAUACCCCUUCUCGUAAGGAGAAAAAUGACGAAGAGGCCUCUGUUAUCAUUCCUGAAACCGCCCAUCAAGUUAGCAACGAUUCAUGGUUUCAGGUGGGAGUUGUUCUGAGCAUGGGUGUCAACAGCGCGUAUGCACUAGGAUAUUCUGGCACAAUCAUGGUUCCUCUAGGUUGGAUAGGUGGUGUUGUUGGUUUGGUAAUGUCCACAAUUGUGUCUUUGUAUGCAAGUGCUCUUAUGGCUAAGCUCCAUGAAGUUGGGGGCAAGAGGCAUAUCAGAUAUAGAGACCUUGCCGGAUUUUUGUAUGGUCGGACAGCUUAUUUGCUUAUAUGGGCAUUACAAUAUGCAAAUCUCUUCUUGAUAAAUAUUGGAUAUGUCAUCAUGAGUGGUUCAGCCCUAAAGGCUUUCUAUAUGCUCUUUAGGGAUGACCAUAUGCUAAAGCUGCCACACUUUAUAGCUAUAGCUGGAGUUGCAUGCAUCCUCUUUGCCAUUGCAACACCUCAUUUAUCAGCACUGAGGGUUUGGCUCGGGUUUUCAACACUAUUCAUGAUACUGUAUCUCACCAUAGCAUUUGUGUUGUCCGUUCAAGAUGGUGUAAAGGCUCCUCCUAGGGACUAUCACAUUCCAGGAUCAGGAGACAAUAAAAUUUGGGCAAUUAUUGGUGCGAUUGGAAACCUUUUCUUCGCAUUUAACACUGGAAUGAUUCCAGAGAUACAGGCUACAAUUAGACAACCUGUCGUUGGAAACAUGGUGAAAGCACUUAACUUUCAGUUCACAGUGGGAGUUGUGCCUAUGCAUGCUGUUACUUACAUUGGGUAUUGGGCGUACGGAUCUGUUGUUUCGUCCUAUUUGCUCAACAAUGUUCAUGGUCCAGCUUGGGUGUUGGGAGUGGCUCACUUAUCUGCUUUUUUCCAAGCUAUCAUUACCUUGCAUAUAUUUGCAAGUCCAACAUAUGAGUACCUGGAUACUAAAUAUGGAGUCAAAGGAAGUGCCUUGGCUCCACGAAAUAUUCUAUUCAGACUGGUUGUCAGAGGUGGUUACCUUAUCAUGACCACUUUCCUCUCAGCUUUGCUACCUUUCCUGGGAAACUUCAUGAGCCUUACUGGUGCUAUCAGCACGAUUCCGCUCACAUUCAUACUCCCAAACCACAUGUACCUUAUCGCUAAGAAAGACAAGUUAUCUAGCUUACAGAAGAGUUGGCAUUGGCUAAAUAUUGUUGUCUUUGGAUGCGUGUCAGUUGCUGCAUUUGUAGCUGCCUUGAAGCUUACCGUUGUACAGACUCAAACUUAUCAUGUCUUUGCUGAUCUGUAAUUUCUUUUUUCUGUUUGGGUUAGUUAAAAGUGUUCCAAGAUAUAUAUUUCUUUGUUAGCAAGUUUUAUUUGGUAUUUGUUAGAACAAUGCAAUAUUGGUUGCAUUUGUUCAUUGAUGAUGAUCUGAUUCAAGCUCAAACAUUGAAUAUAUUAGCGGUCAGGUUUUGUUAA